AUGUUCAGUGGCACGGUGCGAGUAAAGGUUUGCGAGGCGACGGGUCUCAGGCCGACCGACUUUCAGAAACGGCAUAACAUGACCUUCGGAAAGCCAGACGACCAGCCGAUAGAUCCGUACGUGUCGAUAGAUGCCGACGAGCACCAUCUAGACCGUUCCAGCACCAAGCCCAAGACAUUCGACCCUGUGUGGAAUGAGACCUUUAUUCACGAAGUCCAUAAUGUUGGCAGUUUGGGGAUAACGGUGUUCCACGAUGCUGCCAUACCUCCAGAUGACUUUGUGGCCAAUUGCACAAUCCCUUUUGAAGACCUUAUGCACAGAGACAAGGAUGCCACAGACUUUUGGGUGGACCUAGAACCUCAGGGGAAGCUGCAUCUGAAGAUAGAUCUGAAAUGGAAUUCUCAAGCGGGCGUGGAGGCGCCGCGCGGGGCGGGCGCGGGCGCGGGCGCGGCCGGACGCGAGUUCAAGGAGGGCGCCGGCUUCGCGCGCCGCCGCGGGGCCAUGCGCCGCCGCGUGCACCAGGUCAACGGACACAAGUUCAUGGCCACCUUCCUGCGGCAGCCCACCUUCUGCAGCCACUGCAGGGAGUUCAUCUGGGGUUUAGGGAAGCAAGGCUAUCAAUGUCAAGUAUGUACGUGCGUGGUCCACAAGCGCUGCCACUCGUCCGUCGUGACCAAGUGCCCGGGUAUGAAGGAAGAGGUAAGACAACAGAGCGCGGUGGGCGUGUCCGGGGGGCAGCGGUUCAACGUGAACGUGCCGCACCGGUUCGUGGUGCACUCCUACAAGCGGUUCACGUUCUGCGACCACUGCGGCUCACUGCUCUACGGACUCAUCAAGCAAGGACUGCAGUGUGAAGUAUGCUCCAUGAACGUGCACAAGCGAUGUCACAAGAACGUGGCGAACAACUGCGGCAUCAACACCAAGAUGAUGGCGGAGAUACUCAACGAGAUGGGCAUCUCCCCGGACAAGAACCCACGACCCCGCCCUUCCAAGUACCUCAACGCGGCGCUGCUGGAGGGCGCGCCCGACCUGGCCGCGGCCGGGGACGCAGACAAGGGGGACAAGGACGACGACAAAGGUGUAGUGGCGCCGGCGUGGGCCCCGCACUGGGCCGACCUCGCCGACAUAUUCACCUGCUACGACGCAGACAUCGCAGGGGAGGAGUGCGCGGGGGGACAGGACAAGGUGUCGCUCGACGACUUCCACUUCAUCAAGGUGCUGGGCAAGGGGUCCUUCGGGAAGGUCAUGCUGGCGGAGAAGAAGGGCACGGAUGAGGUGUACGCCGUGAAGGUGCUGAAGAAGGACGCCAUCAUCCAGGACGACGACGUGGAGUGCACGCUGACGGAGCGGCGCGUGCUGGCGCUGGCGGCGCGCCACCCGUUCCUGACGGCGCUGCACUGCGCCUUCCAGACCCGCGAGCGCCUGUUCUUCGUCAUGGAGUACGUGGACGGCGGCGACCUCAUGUUCCAGAUCCAGCGCGCGCGCAAGUUCGACGAGCCGCGCGCGCGCUUCUACGCCGCGGAGGUCACGCUCGCGCUCACCUUCCUGCACCAGCACGGCGUCAUCUACCGGGACCUCAAGCUCGACAACAUCCUGCUGGACAGCGACGGCCACUGCAAGCUGGCCGACUUCGGCAUGUGCAAGGAGGGCAUACUCGAUGGCGCCACCACGACUACAUUCUGUGGAACGCCCGACUACAUCGCACCAGAGAUCCUGCAAGAGUUGGAGUACGGUCCGUCAGUGGACUGGUGGGCGCUGGGAGUGUUGCUGUACGAGAUGUUGGCGGGUCAGCCUCCCUUCGAGGCCGACAACGAGGACGACCUGUUCGAGUCCAUCCUGCACGACGACGUGCUCUACCCUGUCUGGCUCUCCAAGGAGGCCGUCUCCAUACUCAAAGGGUUCAUGACAAAGAACCCAGUCCGUCGCCUGGGAGUAUGCGGCGGCGCGGCCGGUAUCCGCGCGCACGUGUUCUUCAAGGACAUGGACUGGGACGCCCUCGCGCAGCGCAGGCUGCGGCCUCCCUUCCGACCCAAGCUCAGCAAGCGCGAGGCCGCCAACUUCGACGCGGAGUUCACGAAGGAGGAGCCCGUCCUCACUCCCGUGCCGCACGACGUCGUCAGAGCCAUCAACCAGGAGGAGUUCCGCGGGUUCUCGUUCGUCAACAAGGACUUCAACCCGGCGCCGGCGGCCGACAAACCGGCGCAGGCCUGA